CCAGCUCUGCUUUUCCCUUGCGCCCCCUCCCCACUGAAGUCCCAUCGUCUUCUUCCGUCCCACCGCCAUGUCCUUCUCGCUGCCGAAGUUUUUCGGCAAGUGCAUGGACCAGGCGGUGGCCCAUGAAUCUGCGGCAUUUGUCCUGAUCCCGGAGCACAUUCUCCAGGCCGCCUGCCGGGCAAAGGCCCAGCGCCUCUUCCCCUUCUCCACACCUGCCCAGACCGACGCAGCUGAGAGGCACUUCCAGCGCGCCUUCGAGGAGGCCGCCCAGGAGCCGGCCAAUGCCGAUUCACACCUCCUCUCGGAGUUCCUGCUGCAGGUGGACCUUGCGCAUUUUGAUGUGGCUUUCGGUUGUCUGCACCAGGCGACCGAGGUCUAUUUGGAGAUCUUGUCGACGGAUGCCGGCGCGCACUCCAAGUCCGCACAGUUCGAAAGUGUCAUCGCCGCCGUCGUCGAGCGCAUCGAGAUCCUUCAGCAAUACAACGCCGUGCUGAACGAGCUGAAGAUGCGCUCAAACCAAUUCCAGGCCCUGCAGCUGUUCGAGGCGGCCGAUCAACCGGCCGAGGCCGCUGGUCCCACAAUUUCCCCCUCAUUCGGCCAUGACCACCCGGUGUCCGCUCUCCAGGGACAGCAGUACCGACAUGCUGUCCCAUUAAUCGCCUCCCCGCCGCCGCCCUAUGACCAUGCUGUCCGCAGGGCGAUCUCGGCCAACCCCCCGCCCGCCGACCGGGCUCCCUGUGACUGCUGCGAUCGGGGGCUUGGCCUGUCGCCCGCGGUCGAGCCUCAAAGCACCUCGAGCCUGGUCGCACCGACCACUCCCGGCGGCCCGGCCCGACGCCCGGCCGUCCUGUCCCCCACCUCGCCCGGGAUUUUCUCCUCCUUCUUCCACACGAUCGCGCGGCCAAUCUACCAAUCGCUCUCCGGCUACCGGGGCCAUCGGGCUCAGUGUCCGUGCCUUUUUGAUGGCGCCUGCCUGCCAUCUUCCCGGCAUCCGACGGCCGCUGCUCCUGGCCCCGUGCCGGCACCCCCGGCCCCGGCAUAUCAGGAAGACCGACGGGUUACCUUCAGCGAAUUCACCGACGCCUAUUUCAGUGGCCGGCACAAUGCCAAGGCCGGGCAUUUUGCCGGCCCCGUGGCCACCCCGCCCAACAGCGGCACCGCGGAUGGGACCACCAAGGCGGCCAGCCUGGCCUCCUGCGAGCCGGAUCCCACCCUCGGGCCCCCGGGCCAGGUGGUGGCCGCCGCGCGGCAGCUCCUCUUGCAACUGCUCCUGCUGGUCCAGUAUUCAUGGGACCUGUCAGUCACCUGGGUGGACCAGCAUUUGCUCAUCCCCUCGGUGGCCGGGCUGGACGCGGCCCAAAGUGCCGGGCCCCUGCGGUGGACCUCCAGCACUUGGCGCCGGGUGCAGCAAAGCUACGCCCAUAGACAGAACUAUUUCAUCCUGCAGGGCGGCCGCGGAUCCAGCUUCGGCGGUGAUGGGGCCCCUCCGCUUGGGCCCUGCUCCGAUAUCGAGGUCCUGCGCUCGGCUCAUGCUCUGCCCGACAGCUUUUAUGUUUACGCCGAUCCAGGAGCCAGCUUCAUUGACAGUGCCCUCUGGCGUGCGGUGGAUCUGCUAGCGCGGGUGCGCCGAGCCCUACGUGCGCUGGACGACAGCCCAUCGACGUAGGUUCCCCUCGACAUACCUUCCCCUCUCUUCCUCGCCCCAUGCCCCCCCCCCUACUCCUCUUCGCAGGAAUAGAUAGACACAUAGAUUGGAAA